AUUUAUUAAAGAAGUUAAUGAAUACUCCGUAAUUGAGAUGAUUUAUACUCUCUGAAAAUAAAAGCUGCGACGAUGGAGACGAGAGGACGUAUUUUUAGCACUUUAGAACCUUAAUUUGAGUUAUCUAAUCAUACAUAUACGGGAUAAUUAUUGUAAAUUUGCCUUUUCUCUAUUUUUUGUUUAAUAUUCUCCGUUCGCGUGUAUGUGUGCAUGUGUGCGUCCAUGGGAUGGAUAAAAUGCGCGUUGCAGUCACUUUGCUAGUCAGUCCAAAUUGUCCCAAUCGAGAUGGAGUUCCAAACUAUUCAACGUCCCGCAGGCUCCGAAUACCCGAAGAUCUAUAAAGAGUUCGAAGGGAAGCUGUUAAAGGAUGGCAAACGCCGGAAAUACUGGAUCCAGGAUCUCACCGAGGAGUACUUUGAGGAAGUCGUCAAGGGUUACACCGAAGGAUUCUUAUAUGACGAACCUAUGUGCAAAUAUUCAAAAUACGACAAAGAUCCAGCUUGCCUCGCCGAAUGGACCAAAUUCUGGAUGUCCUUCCUGAAAGAAAAAAUCAGUUUGAUCUGUUUGACCAAAGACGAUGAGGGCAAAACAAGAAUAGCCGGAUACAACUGCCUUCACGCAGCACAAAAAAAUGAAGAAAUUAAAGCAGAAUCCGAAGCAGUGAAGAAGUUCUUAAAAAUCUUGCAUUAUGUCUGCGAUCAGAGGGACGCUUUCGAAGAAUUCAAGAUAGAUAAGUACUUGUACGGAAUGGGGCUUUACGUGCUUCCCGAAUUCAGAGGUGAAGGUCUUGGACAAGUUAUUUUGGACACAAGACAAGAUUUGGGUAAGCUUCUUGGUUUCAAAGCCAGUCUGACUGCUUAUACUUCGUGCAUAUCCCAGAAGCAAGCCUACAGAGCCGGAUUUAAAGAUUACGUGACUAUUUCAUACGCUGAUUUGGCCAAAGUCGACAAAGAUUUUCACUUCCCCGGCAUAGAAGAGCACACCAAAGAUUUCAAGAAUAUGUAUAUGCUAUAUUAAUUAUCAUUUUAUGAUGCUAGAUUAUUUUGUAAAUAAGUUAAU